UGCUCAUUUGCUUUUUAUGCUUUUCUUCCAUUCGUUUGUACUGCAUUCUGCCAACCACUGCCGGCCCCGGCCGGCCACUGGCAACCAGGGGAGUGGCUUUAACCAGGCUCCACCUUAGCUAAUGUGGCUUCGAGCUUCAGGCCUUUGAUCUGAAGGAGCUACAUUGCAGUCAUGGGUUCAUGAGGGUACAGAAAUGAUAUUUGUCAGCAAGAAGAGUGUAUUUGAUAACAAAAAAGCAAUACGUGGAGGAAUACCUGUUGUCUUUCCUUGCUUUGGUGUUUGGGAAUUAGGUCCUCAACAUGGCUUUGCACGUAUAUCAAAAUGGUCUUUACUUGAGGAGCCAACAAAGGAUAGUAAUGGUGAUGUGAAAGCUGUAUUUGAACUUUCAGAUGAUGAUAAUACACGAUCAUUAUGGAACAACAAGUUCAAAUUAUCAUAUACAGUCUGUGUGAUGUCAUCUGGUUUGUUCACUGAGCUUUCUGUUAACAAUCUUAAUGACAGUGAACCCUUUUCCUUUACGUGGCUACUUCAUACUUAUUUUGCUGUUCCUGAUGUCACAAAGUGUACUAUUUCUGGCCUCUCUUGCCUUACAUAUAAGGAUAAAGUUGAUGAAGGAAAGGAAAAGAAAGAGGUUAAUGAUCUUGUUACUAUAUCAGGCUUUACUGACAGGGUGUAUAAAGAAGCAAGUGAAAAUCAUGUCAUAACAAAUGUAGCUGGAGGUAAAACAGUUCUUUUAAAGAAAUCUAAUUUCCCAGACACAGUUGUCUGGAAUCCAUGGAUUGAGAAAGCAAAAUCAAUGAGUGAUUUUGGAGAUGAUGAAUAUCCUUACAUGGUGUGUGUUGAAGCUGGUUAUGUUGCUAAUAGCUGUACAGUCAAUGCUGGAUCUUCAUACACAUCUUCACAGACCAUUGAUGUUGUAUCCAAAUGAGUGCUUGCAUCGUGACUCAUGUAGUUAAUUAUAAUUAUUUUGUUUUUCUUUAAUUUGUAGUUCUUUUUUAUUUUUAGUGCAAGGUUUUUGUUGUUAUGAUAUACAAUAACUGUUUUUAUAAUCAUGAACUACAUGUUUAUAUAAUGGUCCGUAGAUUAAAA